GUGGCUGGCUGGCUUGGGGCCAUCUGAGAAUCCCUCCAUUUGCACUGAAGCACUUGUCUGUGCUGGGAUCUCUCCGUUCUCCCGUGCUCACUGGGUCGUGAAAGGUCAGCACUUCAUCUAUGAGUGAUUUACCCGCUCGGGUGAAAAUUGUGGAAGUUGGUCCCCGAGAUGGACUACAAAAUGAAAAGAAUAUUGUGCCAACUGCAGUGAAAAUCAAGCUUAUAGACAUGCUUUCUGAAGCUGGACUUCCCGUUAUAGAAGCCACUAGCUUCGUGUCUCCCAAGUGGGUACCUCAGAUGGCUGACCACACUGAAGUCUUGAAGGGCAUCCAGAAAUUUCCUGGCAUCAGUUACCCAGUCCUGACCCCAAAUUUCAAAGGCUUCCAGGCUGCGGUUGCUGCUGGAGCCAAAGAAGUGAGCAUUUUUGGAGCUGCCUCAGAGCUCUUCACCAAGAAGAAUGUUAACUGCUCCAUCGAUGAGAGUUUUCAGCGGUUUGAUGAAGUUUUGAAGGCAGCUCGGGCAGCCAGUAUCCCUGUGCGAGGGUAUGUCUCCUGUGUGCUUGGAUGCCCCUACGAAGGGAAGAUCUCCCCGGCUAAAGUAGCUGAGGUCUCUAAGAAGUUGUACUCAAUGGGCUGCUAUGAGAUCUCCCUGGGUGACACCAUCGGCGUAGGCACACCUGGCAUCAUGAAGGACAUGCUGUCUGCAGUCAUGCAGGAGGUGCCAUUGACUGCCCUUGCUGUCCACUGCCAUGAUACCUAUGGCCAGGCCCUGGCCAACACCUUGAUGGCCCUGCAGAUGGGUGUGAGUGUUGUGGAUUCUUCUGUGUCUGGACUUGGAGGCUGUCCAUAUGCACAAGGGGCUUCAGGAAACUUGGCCACGGAGGACCUUGUCUACAUGCUAACUGGCUUAGGCAUUCAAACGGGUGUCAACCUCCAGAAGCUCCAAGAUGCUGGUGCCUUUAUUUGCCAAGCCCUAAAUAGAAAAACCAGCUCCAAAGUGACUCAAGCUACUUGUAAACUGUAAGCCCCUUGACCCUCCCCAUCAGAGCACUGGGGACUGUGAGUAUAGGAGCACACACCACUGAUUUGCAGCUGGCAAGUGGAAAUGGGGAUGAAAUGGAAUAAAAUGAACAGGCAGGUGCCUCCCAGUCAGCUCUGCACACAGGGACACAGAGCUCCUUGCCAAAUCUCUGAGUGAGAGGCUAUGGACUCAAUAGCACAGGAGCAGAAUGCUCAAGGUAUUUGGGAAUCAACCCUAGUUCUGGGCUUCAGUAAACCGUGUCUCAUCUCUGGGUGAAAUCACCCAGUUGGUUACACUGUUCAUGGCCUUGGAGUCCUGACUCUCCCAUUGCCCAGGCCAAAGGGGUAUGGAGUUGCUCUUCAUGCUGGUGAUAGUAUUUGCUGGUGGGGUGAAUAUGAAUAUGCUGCAGUAUUCCAGCACCUUUUGAAAGUGAUUUUUGAAAACAUGUAAUUAAAAGAUUAAUAAGAACCA